GCGGCCGGCGGCGGCGGCGGCAGCGAUGGCGGCGGAGCGCGGCCCGGCCAUGGCCACCUGCACGGCCCCCGUGAACAUCGCCGUCAUCAAAUACUGGGGCAAGCGUGACACCGACCUCAUCCUGCCCAUCAACUCCUCCCUGAGCGUGACGCUGCACCAGGACCAGCUCAAGACCACCACGACAGCGGCCGCCAGCCGGGAUUUCACCGAGGACCGGCUGUGGCUCAACGGGAAGGAGGCGGACGUGGGGCACCCGCGGGUGCAGGCGUGUCUGCGCGAGGUGCGGCGCCUGGCCCGCAAGCGCCGCGGGGGUGGAGAGGACGCGGCCGCGCUCAGCCUUUCCUACAAAAUCCACAUCGCCUCCGAGAACAACUUCCCCACGGCCGCCGGGCUCGCCUCGUCUGCCGCCGGCUACGCCUGCCUGGUGUCGGCGCUGGCCCGGCUCUAUGGGCUGGAGGAGGAGCUGUCCGAGGUGGCGCGGCGGGGCUCGGGCAGCGCCUGUCGCAGCAUGUUCGGCGGCUUUGUGCAGUGGCAGCGCGGGGAACGCCCCGAUGGCACCGACAGCCUCGCCCUCCAGGUGGCCCCCGAGACGCACUGGCCGGAGCUCCGUGUCCUCGUCCUGGUGGUCAGUGGGGAGAAGAAGCCGGUGGGCAGCACGGUGGGGAUGCAGACCAGUGUGGAGACCAGUCCCCUGCUGAAGCACCGGGCAGAGUCGGUGGUCCCUGAGCGCCUGGCCCAGAUGAUGAGGCACAUCCAGGAGCGGGACUUUGAGGGCUUUGGCCAGCUGGCCAUGAGGGACAGCAACCAGUUCCACGCCACCUGCCUCGACACCUUCCCGCCCAUCUUCUACCUCACCGACCUGUCGCGCCAGAUCAUCGCGCUGGCGCAUCGCUACAACGCCCACCACGGCCACACCAAGGUCGCCUACACCUUCGACGCCGGCCCCAACGCCGUCAUCUUCGCGCUGGCCGACACCGUGGCCGAGUUUGUGGAGGUGGUGAGGCGCAGCUUCCCCCCUGCCGCCACGGCCUUCGACGCCGGCCCCAACGCCGUCAUCUUCGCGCUGGCCGACACCGUGGCCGAGUUUGUGGAGGUGGUGAGGCGCAGCUUCCCCCCUGCCGCCAACGGGGACCAGUUUGUGCGGGGGCUGCCCGUGGGCUCGGCCGCGCUAGCAGGGGGAGCCCUGCAGGCAGUGGGGUUCCCCGGUGUCCCUGACCCGUGUCCUGCCCCACAGCCUGGCCCUGGUCCCCAGCUCGUGGAUGAUCCCAGCCAGCACCUGCUGGGAGCGGAUGGGCUGCCCCGGAGCCGUGCCUGACCCUGGUGACACUGGGACAGCCUGGACACACUGAAAGGACUCUGCUGGUGCCAGCAGCGGGCCUCAGGACCCUGAGCCAGGCCUGCUGCAAGGCUGUCCCCAGCCCUGGGGCAGGAUGUGACCCCGGGGCUGGUUUUUUAAGCUUUUGUAAGGAAAUAGAGGGUUCCUGUUUCCA